UCAGUGCGUGCAUUGCCCCUGGGGGAAUGGGAAAUCUUUCCCUCAUUGGUUUCCCUAUGGCCGUGGCAUGUCUGAAGGAUUCUGGAUCUGUCGUCUGCUUAUUAAGUCAGCUGUUCAGGAUGUGUGAUGAGGAGGAGACCACAGCCCUGGUUUGUGAUAAUGGCUCAGGCCUGGUGAAGGCUGGCUUCGCUGGGGAUGAUGCUCCCAGAGCUGUCUUCCCUUCUAUUGUAGGACGACCCAGACACCAGGGAGUGAUGGUGGGUAUGGGUCAGAAGGACAGCUAUGUGGGAGACGAAGCUCAGAGUAAGAGAGGCAUCCUCACCCUGAAAUAUCCCAUUGAACAUGGCAUCAUCACCAACUGGGAUGACAUGGAAAAGAUUUGGCAUCAUACCUUUUACAAUGAGUUGAGAGUUGCACCAGAGGAGCAUCCUGUUCUGCUGACUGAGGCCCCACUCAAUCCCAAGGCAAACAGAGAAAAGAUGACACAGAUUAUGUUUGAAACCUUUAAUGUCCCAGCUAUGUAUGUGGCCAUCCAGGCUGUACUGUCCCUCUAUGCUUCUGGAAGAACCACAGGCAUUGUCCUUGAUGCUGGUGAUGGUGUGACCCAUAAUGUACCAGUCUAUGAAGGCUAUGCUUUACCUCAUGCUAUUAUGAGGUUGGACCUGGCUGGUAGAGACCUCACUGACUACCUGAUGAAGAUCCUUACUGAAAGAGGCUACAGCUUUGUCACAACUGCUGAGAGAGAGAUAGUUCGUGACAUCAAGGAAAAGCUAUGCUACGUAGCUCUGGACUUUGAGAAUGAAAUGGCUACUGCUGCCUCCUCCUCCUCACUGGAAAAGAGCUAUGAGCUGCCUGAUGGUCAGGUCAUCACCAUUGGUAAUGAGAGGUUCCGCUGUCCAGAAACACUCUUCCAGCCGUCUUUCAUUGGUAUGGAGUCUGCAGGCAUCCAUGAGACUACCUAUAAUGGUAUUAUGAAGUGUGACAUUGACAUCCGGAAGGACCUGUAUGCCAACAAUGUGCUCUCAGGUGGUACAACCAUGUAUCCUGGUAUUGGUGACCGCAUGCAGAAAGAGAUCACUGCCUUGGCACCAAGCACCAUGAAGAUCAAGAUGAUUGCUCCCCCAGAGAGGAAGUACUCUGUGUGGAUCGGUGGCUCCAUCCUAGCCUCUCUGUCCACCUUCCAGGCCAUGUGGAUCAGCAAGGAUGAGUACGAGGAGGCUGGUCCAUCAAUUGUGCACAGGAAAUGUUUCUAAACUCCAUCUUGGUUUGAUCACUGUUGUCAUCCCUACAUUCUCUAUCUCACAGAGCUGCUCUUUCCCUCCUGUGUCAGCAUGUUAUUUCAGUCUGACUCUUCUGGUAUUCCGCUGAUCCAUCAUUGUGUCCCUUUCACUAUUAUCACUAAGCCGGGAAA